AUGGCAGAGGCACCAGGAUCGUUAAGGGACGGCGAAAUAGCCAGAGCUGGAAGCUGCAACUUCAUCCCGAGUGGGAACGACAUCGAAACGUGGAAGAGACAGCGCAAAGCGACACGUAAGCAAGUAACUACAACCUGUCGUCAAAUUGAUUCGCUGAUUAUUUCACACGGAUCACGAGGCUCCAUCAUGGGACUGAUCGAUCACCUAGGGUUGUUGUCGAGCACGGCGACUCGUCUACACACAGACCUACUGAACGCGGAGACCGAUAAAACAGAAAAUGAGAGACAAGACGCGAUCCACCUACGCUACAUUCAGCAAAUAGGCGAAACUCGGGAAUCAGCCCGACAGUAUUUGGAAUCAAGAGCCAAUGAACCGCCUUCAGAAAUUCGCGUAAUCGCGGCGCAACCCGUUUACUCGUUAGCCCCGUCGUUAAUUGGCGAACGACCCGAGGUAGCAGAAGCAGCAGAACUCGCAGUCGCCCAACAGAGAGCCCAUGAAGCCCGAAUGCAAGCAGAUGCCGCACGUGCGGCAGCGGAGGAGGCAGAAAGAGAUCUGCAGCGAUUAAGCAUCGACGAUCGAGAAAGCUUUAGUUCCACCCACUACUACAACCCGAUCGCGACACGAAACGUCGCCGACUGGCUCCUCCAUCCCCGAACAAAAUUCGCGCAACCUCCAGCAACUAACGUAGAAGCACCAGACGACUGGAUAGACGCGUACUGUUCUGGUACACUGCCACCGAAGGCCAGUCAACAAAAGUUUCGCUCAACAGUAGCGGUAGAAUUAGACGUUUUCCAUGGUAAAUCUCUUGAAUGGUUCACAUGGAUCGACUUAUUCCGUGCGCUAGUGCACGAUACGGCGAAUACGCCCGGUGAGAAGUUAGCGGUGCUAAAACGGUACCUGCGGGGCAACUGCCUGGAUGUGAUCUACGGCUUGGGCGGCGGGGAACCAGCUUACAUGGAAGCACUUACACGUUUGAAGCAAACUUGCGGUAGGCGAGACGUCAUGCGAGCCGCUCAUCUUCAAGCCCUGGACCAGUUGGAGAUCAAGCAAGACCCGGCAACCUUCAAACGAUUCGCAGAAAAGGUUCGAACCCACCUUUUCGACCUUAGUAGAAUCGGCGAAACGUCGUCAGCUGACCUGAUAGAAAGAGUCUGCCAGAGACUUAGCCUACACGAUCGUCUCGCCUGGAACGAGGGGAGACGAGGACAAAUAGAACAUCGGAGCUUGAAUGCCUUUGGCUCCUGGCUCUGUAAUCGUGCAUCCGCCUACCAAAAUGCUUACACCCUGGCCGCUGAACAACACGGUACUUCGAAUACGAAUGGACGUUUUCGUCAAGCACGGACUCACCAAAGCUCGUCACGUCCAUCAGAGGAAGAAACACCCAAGAAACCCAGUUGGGCCUAUUGCUUCAAAUGUGGAAAGGAGCACCGAUUAGCAGACUGUGAAGACUUCAAGGGAAUGGCCGUUGGGGAGCGUGUCACGUUCUGUAUGAGGCAUCGCCUAUGUUUCAGCUGUUUUGGAACGAAACAUUCCGCGAGCAACUGUACCACCAAGAGAGCUUGCAGACAUCAAGAUUGUCCAUAUUCGCACCACCCAUUGCUUCACGACUCCAUCAAGGUUUCGACGAAUAAGGCACGCUCUACCACCGCGCGGAUGAACCGACAACGGGUGGCCUUAGGCAUGAUGCGGUUGAAGAUCCAGGCGGCGGAUGGAACUUGGCAAGAAGCCAACGUCUUCGUCGAUAAGGGUAGUGAUUCCACGCUCAUGAGAAGUGCUUUCGCCACUUCCCUCAAGAUUCAGGGUACCCCUCAAAUUCUUGAAAUUGAUGGGGCCGAAGGCGUAGUAAACCAGUACAGAUCCAGACGCAUCCAGUUCCAACUACGCACAGAGACGGACGAAAUCGUCACUUUAGAAAGUUCCACCAUGAAGGUGGUGGCCAGCCCAACGCCAGUCACCGAUUGGAAUCGGAUGAAGAAAGAAUGGGCCCACCUUAGAGAUUUACCUACCGGAGAAGUCGGGGGAAGAGUAGACCUUUUAAUCGGUACUGACCACAUCCACCUGCUAGGAGUUAAAGAAACUAGAGAAGGCAAAGACUACGAACCAAUUGCCUCUCGGACAAGGCUCGGCUGGAUCAUCCGGGGAGUUACCAACAAACACACAACCGUCACAGCAGUUCGUGCCUGCACCAUUUCCGGUCGCAUUUCCCUAGAAGACGUCGCGGUAGAGAUGCGUCGCUUUUGCGAUUCGGAAAACUUCGGUACAGAAUUCCAAGCGAGAUGCCUCUCACCAGAUGACAACAGAGCUCUGUCAAUCGUGAAGGAAAGAAUCCGUAAGCUAGAUACCGGUUAUGAAGUGCCGAUCAUCUGGAGAGAAGGAGAACCGAAUCUCCACAACAAUCGUCUGUUAGCCGAAAACCGGCUUAAGAGUUUGUUGAGAAGAUUCGACCGAAACCCGAAAUUUGAAGAAGAUUACCGGAGGGCGAUGCAAAAGACAUUCGACCAAGGAUACGCCUCCCGGCUUUCGGACCCAGCCUCUGCCAAAUACUUCCUUGCACACCACGGGGUGUACAAAGGAUCGAAACUACGAGUCGUAUUCGACGCUUCCGCUCCCUUUAGAGGGAAAUCACUGAAUGAUGCUAUUUUAAGUGGGCCGGCCCUGCAACCAGCGUUGGCAGCCGUCAUCAGCCGAUUUCGGCCGGAAGAAGUCGCAUGGGCUUCCGACAUUGAAGCCAUGUUCAGCAGGUUCCGCUUGGCGUCCAGUGACGCUGACUAUUUCUGUUUCCUAUGGCGAGACAAGGAAACAGACGAACCGACAGUUUGUAGGAUGAACCGUUUACCCUUUGGAGCAAGCUGUUCGCCGUUUGUUGCCAUCUACGCGGUCCGUCAAAUCGUCAAGGAUGCCGGGGUAGCAGAACAUAUUGUCACCACUGUCCAAGAACGGAUGUAUGUAGACGACUACUUAAGCUCAGCUCCAUCCGUCGUAGAAGCCCUGAGUGAAGCCACCGCUGUCAAGGCAGCACUAGCAAACGCCGAUCUCAACUUGCAACAGUGGAUCUCUAACUCGCGCGAAUUCGUGUUAGGAAUAACAACCCAAGUCCCCAUGGAUCAACCGUCAUCGCACCCGUUGUCCGGAGAUGCGGAGGAAAAGGUGCUCGGCGUCGUUUGGAACACCCAUUUGGAUACACUCGGGUUUAAGGUCGCAAACUUCCCCGACACCGAGUUUACUCGUAUGGCCUUAGUCAGCAACGUAGCUAGCGUUUUCGACCCUCUGGGAACUGCCUCUCCACUCAUCGUGAGAGCCAAGAUCCGCCUACGAGAACUAGGCCUAAAGGGUUUGAGUUGGACGGAUGCUGUAGCCGAAGACGACCAGACAUGGUGGAACAAGUGGUUCGUCACUCUUAAACAACUGAAUUCAGUAGAAAUGCCCCGCUGUUUGUUUCCCGAUGGAGCCAAUAUAGUGUCGUCUGAACUUCACACCUUCUGUGACGCGUCGGAGGAGGCCUACGCUGCCGUAAUCUACAUCCGCAACGUCUACUCCGACGGUAGGGUAAUCGUCCGUCAGGCGAGGGCCGCCAACAAGCUCGCACCGAGGAAGGUCAUUUCUGUGCAGAAACUCGAGCUUAACGCAGCACUGCUAGGAUCUAGACUGGCAGUGACAGUCCAAUCCGCCCUGACAAUCAAAAUUAAGAAACGGAGAUUUUGGACGGACAGCAGCACCGUCCGAAACUGGAUUCGCGCCACAGCCGCCAAUUACCAGGUCUUCGUCAGCAACCGCGUCGGCGAGAUCCAGACUAUCACAGAGUCAGAAGAAUGGCGAUUCGUCCCUGGUAUUCUCAAUCCAGCCGAUGCUGCCACCCGCUCUACUCUAGACGGGAAGACAUUUCCUACCCUCUGGAUAGACGGACCGAACUUCCUAGUUCUCUCGGAAGAUGAAUGGCCCGUGGAUCUACCAUGGAUGGUCAGUACGGAAGAAAUUCGGAUGAGUCGGGUUUGUCAAGCGACAAAUCAAAGUGUCGUGUUCGACUGGACGAGCGUCGAGGUGAAACCUAGUGACGUAGCCGCUCUCUCCAAGUUGGAUGCAAGAUUUCUUGACCUCGUCAGACGCUGCCAGAGUGAGGUUUACGCCGAAGAGUUGCAGCGUAUCAAGAAGGGAAAGCCGCUCCACACUACUUCCAGUCUGCUAGCGUUAGCUCCAGUACUCGAUCCCGACGGAAUCUUGCGUCUUGGAGGCAGAGCGAGCCGAGCAAAGCUACCUUACGAUCAGCUUCAUCCUCCUCUCCUUCCAGGAAAGCACCCGUUUUCGAAGAUGAUCAUCGGUGCUUUCCACGAACAUCUGAAGCACGUUGGAAUGGAUUUCUUACUAACCUACAUACGACAACAUUUCUGGAUCACCGGCGGAAGAGAAGCAGUGAAAAAGGCCCGCCGUGACUGUGUGAUCUGUCGCCGUAAUCGAGCCAAGCCUGGAGAGCAAUACAUGGCUGAUCUACCGGAAUCGCGUCUGGACGCAGGAUCGCUUCCUUUUACCAGGACUGCUGUCGAUCUGUUCGGUCCGUUUGAUGUGAGUCUAUACCGAAAUCGGACAGCUAAACGUUGGGGUGUCCUUUUUACUUGCAUGGUGACGCGGGCAAUAUUUCUUGAAUUAGUGCCGUCGCUUUCUACUCCGGAUUUCUUGCUUUCUCUGCGAAAAUUCAUCGCGAUGUACCGAAAGCCUGCCAUUAUUCACUCCGACAACGGAACAAACUUCGUGGGCGCGGAACGUGAGCUGCGAGAAGCAGUAGAAGCUCUACACGCUUCUGAAGGAAUCCCAGAAUUUAUGAAAGAUUCCGGCAUCGAGUGGACCUUUCAGCCGCUGCGUACUCCGAAUUUUGGUGGAACUCAUGAGUCUUUGGUGAAAUCAACCAAACGAGCGCUUUAUAGAGCGUUAGAACAAGAAGGAAAUAGUCUUCGGUAUCCCUCCGAAGACUUACUCCGUACCCUAUUAUACGAAGUCGCAGGAUUACUCAACACUCGCCCUCUCACCUAUGCGAGCUCUGAUCCAGCAGAUUUCCGCCAAUUAACUCCGAACGAUUUCUUGAAUCGUUCUCCUACCGCUUAUCCUCCAGCUGGGACAUUCGGGGAUGCUCCGCCGCGAGAUCACUACCGCUAUCUACAGCGAGUCCUCAACCUUUUCUGGGACUUGUGGAAAACGGUCUACUUACAAUCUCUCGCGGCAAGGAAGAAAUGGAAGACGAAGCAACCGAAUUUUGAAGUCGGCGGCGUCGUCCUUAAAAUCAACAAGAGUCUUAGCCGUGGCGUAUGGAACAUCGGACACAUCGUAAAGGUGUUCUUGGGAUCAGACGGCUGUGUUCGCACCGUCGACGUUCAACUUCCUUCCGGAAUAUUUCGACGCGGGAUCACCGAAUUGUGUCUCCUGGAAUCUAGCUCGGCCGGUUAG